AUGGCGGAUCAGCUGACCGACGAUCAGAUCUCCGAGUUCAAGGAAGCUUUCUCCCUAUUUGACAAGGACGGCGAUGGUUGCAUCACUACCAAGGAGCUUGGGACUGUGAUGCGCUCUUUGGGACAGAAUCCAACGGAGGCUGAGCUUCAGGAUAUGAUCAAUGAGGUUGAUGCUGACGGGAAUGGGACAAUUGACUUCCCAGAGUUCCUCAAUUUGAUGGCCCGGAAGAUGAAGGACACUGAUUCAGAGGAGGAGCUCAAGGAAGCUUUCCGGGUUUUUGACAAAGACCAGAAUGGCUUCAUUUCUGCGGCUGAGCUUCGCCAUGUUAUGACGAAUCUAGGCGAGAAGCUCACUGAUGAGGAGGUCGAUGAGAUGAUCCGUGAGGCCGAUGUUGAUGGUGAUGGGCAGAUCAACUAUGAAGAGUUUGUGAAGGUCAUGAUGGCCAAGUGA